GAUUUCCCCCUUUAUUAUUACCUUCAGUAAUGGUGCUAGAAUGCCUCACGUUUUAUAGCAUUUUACUACCAAUAGUUUCCAAUUCUAUCAAAAAAGGAAAAACAAGUAUGUGAUGCUACUAAAUAUACAUCCACACUUAGGCCUACAUGAAAAUAGUUUCUGAUGAUUUGUCUCUGUGUUCUAUGAAUAUAUAUCAAGGCUUUUGAGGUAAUAAAAUGUAGAAUUUAUGUGAGCACAGGCACAAGGCCAGAUGAUAUCAUUCUUCAGUCAGAAUGAUUGUCUUUUAGUGCCUUUGCAGGAAUGUGUGUAAACAAAAUCUGUAACCUUUAGAACUUGGUGGGAGGAGCUUAGCUUGCCUGGGCUGUCUUGAUAAGAAACGUUAAUUGAAUUGAAUUGAUAUGAACAUCUUGGAGACGUGUAAUAUUAGUGAGGGAAGGACGGAUGAGGAUGUGGUAUUGUUUCCUCCGAGUCAGGAAUCGCAGCCAAUACUCAGAUCACGAUACUGUUUCAGGGUUCAAUCAAAUGAAUUUAAUUACUGAAAGGCAUUUGCAAAAAGGAAAAUACUUGCCAAAUGUAACAUUUACCUGCUGAUGAGGUGGUGUAUCACAGACAGUGGUCGCACUGUCCAAGGAAGAAACUUUGAUCUUGCUUCUUUACAACUAUCAAGUUUGUUUUUCUGUGGUUACCAAGGCGGAUACAGUACAGCUUUAUGAAACUAAAAGUACAAUAACAAUAUUCUUUCCCUUUGUUCAGAACUGAUGCCUUUGUUGCAUGGAAAGUACUGUCACAUUCACCACUUGUAUUACCAUACCACUUUUGCCUCUCUUGGGCGUGAUUUCUUGCAUUUUAUUAUUAAAACAAUGCCCAUAUUAGACUAAUAAAUUUGGCAGAGGUGAUUGCUUAACUAGUAAUUAAUGUUUAUAUGUUUGAAGUACUGAUUGGCUGGCUUUCAUCCGGGGUAGCUAGUUUAGGGGUAUUAAGCCAAUAGCACUGGAGCUGCUGGAAAGGAGCAUAUGUUUACCAUAGUUGCUUUUCUGGGCAGUGAGUUUGGAUUAAGUGGAAGGUGUGUGUCUGACAUUCUGCAGAUGGAAUCUUCAUCCAUUUGGAAUUCCACACAUAUUGCAAGCAGUGGGCCUUUGCAAGGAUUGAGUUGAUUUGUCUUAAAAGUUGGGAUGUACUGGUCACACUUUACUUUUGUAAUAAGAGCUGUCUUGUGUUGAUGAAUAUGAGAGUAAUACUGAAUAAGUAUAUUUGGUCUGGACAAAAGAACCAGGCCAUGUGGUGUGUAAAAAACAGAUUUUCAUCAGAUUUGUGCAGUGAAUACAUUACUUAUGUACACUAUCCAUAACUAGACUGACUUCAGAAAAAUAGCAAACCAUAUCAAAAGAUUUAGAAGGUCUAACUUCCGUCACUUGUUGUGCCGCCAGAGAGCUUUUUUCUCAGGAAACCAUUGUCUCACACUGUCUACCGGAACUUCUAAUUACAAGGCCACAAUGCUGCCAUUUAGUGCGAAUUGCUUUUACAAUGCUUUUAAGGAAUGAAACUGUCCGCUAAGGGUACUUGUACUUUUGGUUUAUUUAGUUUCCUCUGAGAAUCUGGAGUCUGCUGUCUUGGAAGAUUGCCAACAGCCUUUUUAUACAGAAAUGAACAAAUUCUUCAAAAUGACUGCUGACAGUCUUUUGUCAUUUGUAUAUGAACUGUGAAAUUCUAGUCGAUUAUUAUUAAGUUUCAAGGAGACAACAUGGCCCAUAUACAUGCAUGCACUUCACACAUUCCUCACUAGUGCCAGUGGAUUAAUUAAAACACGCACAAGUGUUACUUCGUGUAGACACACUGUGAAUGUCUGAGCAAAUCAAAUACAUGUAUGUUCGAAUGCCUCAGACAAGUUUACAUGUAGCUACCCCACUGUAAAAGAUUUUUCCACUGUCCUGAGGAAUUUUUCAUUGGCCAGUCCUGCCAGAUUCCUUAUAGCAGGUGGAUCUGGUCUCAGGAACUUACUCUUAUACAUGUGCAUGUAGCAGGUGGAUCUGGUACCAGGAAACCCUUGUGGUUGAUUUUGUCGGCAUUGACUGAUCUGGCUUUUUGCCAGCCCAGGUGUUAAGGGGCUAACUGCUGUCAAAUACUUCCACUGUGUGUUUCCGAUUCUGAUUCCGAUUCUGAUUCCGAUAAGGAACAAAAAUGGAAUGCUAAAGAGAGCCAAAAAUACACAUGGAUCAACAAAGAGAACUUUGUGUCUUAAUCAUCAGCAGCUAAAUAUUAACAGUACCGCCAGGAAAAGGCACAAACUAGAUAUUAUGCUUGUUUGUGUCAUCAGUGUGCUUAACAGUGUAACUGCUGCUUAUUUUGAUAAUGAUUUCACACUCUUAUCUUGAGCAUGGAUCACACGUUGCUGCUUCACAUUUAUCAUCUCCAAACACAUGUGAAUGUGUGCCUAGUGAUGAGUGUUUCAAUACAGACUUGAUGAAGCCAUUGCUCCAACUUCACCAAUUCUCCCUGCUGAUGAAACUGUAGAAAAUAAAACUAGUCAUCAACUUACUGAUGAUUGAAACAAAACUUCCAUCCAAGAGUUUGAAAUUAGCAUGAGAAUUAGUUUUGAAGGAAUGUAUACAUUUCUGAUGAAAUCUUUAAUUCUAACAAAUCUAGAUUCUAGGGACUGAUCGGCUUACUUUGCAUGCUACAGGUACAUGUGAUCUGUUUCACAGUGUGGAUGAUGUCAUCAUUAGUAAGGAUUUUAUUGCCAGGAAAUCAAACCUUUAAAUUAAUGAGAUGCUCUCAUCAUGGCCAAAUUCAUUGAAGUAAAUUCCUUCUGAACAGUGUUUCCUGUUCAGUUCCGGAAAUUUCUGGUGACGUAAAAGUGAAAACCAUGAACAUAUUGAAAAUCGUUUCAACAUUUAUCCUUGGUAAGGUGGUGAAAUUACAGGGUGUGUUUGAGGUUUCCUGUAAUGAUAAAACAUCUUGCAAGUUAAAAGGUCAGACAUAGCAACAUGGCAUCCUCUGUUGAUCCCUCACAAAAUGGAUUGUUAGAGUUUGUCCUCUUUGAAUUUGUUGCUACUGUUCUCUCCAACAUUGAACUAGACUUCUUGUGUUGUUUGAACUCUAGUCUGUUCUAUCUGAAAACGACAGCACCCUAGGGAAAAAUUUUUUUCUAUUGGUCCUUCCUGCUUUACGCACCGGCAAAAGUGAAAGGAAAACUAUUACUCACUAGGUUAGUUGGAAAUACAUUAAAUGAUCGUUGCACCUCUAGGAGAAUAUUAAAAGCUGUAUAAUAACCGAGGAAGUGGAGGAGAUGUGAUAGUCAUAUUUGACGCUUCCGAGAGGAACGAGGAAUAUUGUUAGUAGAUUCCAGUCAGUUGCACUGAUUCAAACUGCAGAGUUAUAAAGAUAUUUGUAGUUGUCUGUGGAUAAUGCCUAGUACUGUGAAAUGCAUGUUGCUGCAUAUUUUGAUGUUCUUUGGAUUGGCAGACAGCACUGAUGCGUGAUGUAAUGGAAGGUGUGUAGCGCGACCCCAAUUCAGAGAGUCCAUACUUUCUUUUGGUAUCCGAAAGUGACAACAUCCAUUGUGAAUGAACAUUAGGACAGCGUACUACAUCAGCCUUCUUUUCCUUGUAUCUCAUCUAGAUGUUAUAUUGAACUGCAGCUGCUAAUGAGACAAGCCGUCAACACUAUUACAAGAACAUUAAGAAUUCUCAGCAUGACAGGAGUUGGUCUCGUUUAUAUGUUCCUUCUGGUAAUCACAUUAAGUUCAGUCGCAGCCAUAGAGGGUCAGUUAACACCAGAGAACUCUAUCAUUGAAGUUGGCUCAAAUUUAAUCCUCAACUGCACCAUCGCCUCAUCAAAUGGCAGUCGUACAGCCCAGGAUGUCAUCUGGCAACAUGGCUCAGUCCGGCUUUCUCCAAGCGCAUACAUGUCGCUCAGUGACACGAUGUCUCAACUGACACUGACAAACGUCACUUUUCAUAUGACUGGCGUGUAUUACUGCCUUUUUCCAGGAGAUGAACUUUAUGAAAAGCUUGGCACACUUGUUAGAGUUGGAAAUAAACCUGAUCCACCCUUGCUACAAUGUUUCAUUCGUAAUCCUGAUGAGUACUGGUGUCGCUGGGAGAAAGCAGCCCCAACAAACCUUCGAACACAAUCUAAAUUCAGUUUCUGGUUUAAUGGUAACUGGACUGAUUGUCCUCCAGAUGGUGAAAUCAAGGGGCCAAACACAUGCUUCAUAUCGAUAUACUAUAACACAGGAACAAAGCAAACAGUCCGUGUCACUUCCAGCAAUGCUCUUGGAGAAGCUGAAGCAGAGAAAAGCUUCAAUCCUUCUGCUGAUGUUGUUGUUAAUCCACCGAGGAGAGUAAUUCUGAGUCAGGGAGAGUUAGAAAUAUCCUUGUCUGUUACAUGGAACAUACCGAAUGAAUGGAACAGGAUUAGUACACCAUUAGAUUACAAGCUUAGGUUCAAGAGAAAUGAUUGCUCGAUGAUGAACGACACCUGCUGCUGUUGGACUGAGAUAACAAUGUUAAACAGGAAUUUGCAAGAUCUUAGUUACACCUUGAGGGAUCUUGCCCCAUACACGAUUUACGUUGUCCAGAUGGCAGCAAGGUACGGUUUGGAUGAGAAAAAUUGGAGUGAAUGGACAGAAGAAGAAUCUUCACUCUCUGCUGACACAUUGCCUUCAGCAGGAGUGCAAAAUCUUGAGAUCAUUGAUGAAGAAAACACAGCAAGCACAUACCUGAGAAAUGUUCGCAUCCAUUGGCAGACUGUGCCUCAGGAACACAUCAAUGGUGAACUGAUUGGAUAUGAUAUUCAUAUCAAGGCUGAUGAUGGCCAAAGUGAUAGCAUGCAGGAGAUGAUCACUAUUGGACCCAACUCAAACUGGUACAAAGUUGAAGGUCUUCAGAAGUUCCAGGGCUACACCAUCAAAGUUGCUGCCAGGAAUGGAGCUGGUUUAGGGCCUUGGGCUCAGGAGCAUGUCCGUGACUUGACAACCACUCCAAAUGCUCCUGAUGAUGUUACAGCUGUUGCCUUGACGACAACUUCCAUCUUGGUGUCUUGGGACACACCAAGUCAACCCAAUGGUUACAUUGAAGACUACACUGUCGAAUGGAGGAAGGCCAACGGAGCCAAACAUCCUUACACCACUCCUGAUGCAAGGCUAAAUCAUACCAUUGAUGAUUUGGAGACCUUUGUCUUGUAUGAAGUCAGUGUGAAAGCAAGGAACUCACGUGGAGAGAGUGGGUAUAGAUCUGUUAGGGGAGGCAUACGCACCUUAGAGGGAGUUCCCGAUGCCCCUCCUACUGAUGUAGAGGUGGAACCUGUGCAAGAUCAACCUAAUAGAUUGAUGCUGAUGUGGAAACGACCACCUGCUGAGCAUAUCAAUGGCAACUUGACUGGUUAUCGGAUUUCAUUAUGUCAGAGCAGUCCAUACUACCAUGAGAACACUGGAAAGCUGUGCUCAGGUGAUCUACUUGUACAAAAUGUCAGCCGCCCUGAUGCAAUAAGUGAAACAUUGACCAAUCUGGUGCCAUCAACAUCUUAUUCAAUCUGGUUAGCAGCUUACACAGCUAUAGGCGUGGGACCAGACUCUGAGCUUGUCCAUGGAAAGACAGCCCAAGAGACUCAGGGAAUCCUGUUGUUGGCCAUUUUUGUUCCACUUGUCAUUCUAAUAAUUAUCCUGAUUUUGGCAAUUUACUUCUGGAAAAGCUGUCAUCACAUCUUCGAGCCUGCUCCUGAACCUAAGUUUACGAAAGAGGUAGACCUUUGGAAAAAAGAGUCACAAAGAAUCUCCAGAAGCAGCAGCCGAGUGGAAGAAGAACACUUUGAUAACAUUCUGCCAGCUCAAACAGAUGACAUUAUCAUCAGUCUUCUAGAUAACUCCAUUGAGCUUGCCAAAGAGGCAUCUCAGACAUCUCCCAAUCUGGACCUGAAUUUGGAAUCAGUCCAUCUGUACCCCAAGACUCAGACAGCCAAGUUCAUCCGCUCCGAGAGCAGGGAUAGUGGAGUUCCACCAUCUCCAGCAAGUGAGAGCCCUGACUUCAGCACCUUGCGAGACAGACAGAGCAUCUCUGAAGAAGAUGACAAUGUCUUCUUGGAAGAUGAAGAUACAAUCACUCCAUCCUCUCAGUCAUUCAGCCCAUACACAUUAGUAGGUCAGUUCACACCCUCUAAUAAACAUUCUCCUGAAUCCUCUCAGUCAAGUCCUGUGAAAUCCCCAAAGAAAGUCUCCUUUGAAAUACCAUCUGUAAAUAAGUUCUCAUCAACUUUACCAAAUGACAAGCAGUCUAGUGUCGAUCAAAAUGCUUCUCAUAGUAAGCAGACGUCAUCUCGUAGUUCAAAGAGAAGUUCAUCUGCUUCAUCAGUGGAUGUUUCACCAUACAUGCAGAUGUCAGCUAUGGAAUCCCUUCAACUUCUACAACAGCAGACCCAUCAAUCGAAUCCACAGCAUCAGUCUCUCUGCCCAGCAAGCACACAGAACAAGGUUUCCCAUAGCUUAGCAUCAGUUGUCUCACCUUACACCCAAAUGUCUGCAAUGGCAUCUCUCCCUCACAAGAAGCAGGAAAAUCACCAAGAAGCCAUGCAGUUGCCAUCUCAAAGUCCAGCUGUUGAAUCUUACACUCAGAUGCCAGCCAUGACACGUCUUCAGCUUCCACAGCAACAGAAACCAGAAUCUGAGCAUCAGCAUCUCUCUGGAGGUCUUAACACAAAUCUUCUGACACCCCCAAUUUCCUCACCUUACACUCAGUUGUCCGCUUUAGCAUCACUGCAGCCUAAUCCUUGUCAACAGUUGAAGCAGCAGCCUAACUCUCCGGACUCACCUCCAGCAGUCUCACCAUACAUAAAAGCUUCCAUAUUAGAAUCACCCAAACCAAACCAAGAGGAAGCCAAUAAACCCAAACUGCAGUCAACUCAAAGACUGCAGUCAACUCAAAGACUGCAGUCAACUCAAAGACUGCAGUCAACUCAAAGACUGCAGUCAACUCAAAGAGAUCCCUCUCCUCCUGGAUCAACUACAGCUCAGCAGGCAAGCCAGCCUCCUCCUCCCAAUUCUUCAAAAAGUCAGGAUAUCACUUCCAAUUCUACCAAACACCAAGUUGUAUCUCCCUAUACUCGAAUGUCAGAACUUGGAGCCAAGAAACCAAGGCAAAGUGAUCGCAUUCUAACUCAAGCCCGAUCACCCUUUAAGAUGUCAGAUGUGGUAACCAUGAUACCAAGACACGACCAGACUGAUUCAUUAACUAAGAGUCUUACAAAUAGUCUUUCUUCCCAACUUUUACCGCCAAAAGUUGUAUCACCAUACACCAUGAUGUCAGAUGUACAAGCCACAAAACCAAUACAGGACCAGACUUCCUUCACCAAGAGUUCGAGUCUUUCUCCCCAUCCUAUACCACUAUCAGCUGUAUCUCCAAACAGUCAGAUAUCAGUAUCUGCUCAACCCAACAUAAACACAACUGCAACUCAGCAACAAAAUUAUCUUCCUUCUGUCAAGAAUUCACAGAGUGCUCCUGCAGGUACAGCUCUACCAACUCUGUCACUGCACACUCAGACAUCAACCUUGAUGUUUCCAAAACAGCCUGAUCAGAGUGAUCCCAAUCAUCAGCCUCCGCCUAGAUCUCCUGCUCAGUAUCCAAACCAAACCAAUUCAUGUUCUUUAAAUAUAUCCCCAUACGUUGGCAUGUUAGAUGUAGAUGCCCUAUUGAAAAGCCAGCAACAUGCAAGUCAAACUAGACCAUCUUCUACACCUGACGGCCAGCAAUCAUUGCAACCUUCCGCUUUGAAUGCUGCCAACACAGAGGUUACAGGUUACUGGUCUGUAGGAGCUUCAGUUCCACAAAAUGUUCUACCAUCAUCAGAACCAAAUGCUUCCAAGCACAGUCAAGAGGGUCAGGUUAACCUCCAGAACAUUGCCCCAAAAGUAGAAAUAGCUCAUGUUUCUACAAACCCAGACAGGCGAGAUGAGGAAAACGAAAAAUCCCCCAGAUACGUUCUUGCUGCUUGCUCCCCUGUGGAUCACUGCAGACCAAAACAGCCAUUACCAUCUCUAAGCCUUCCUAUAGACUUUCAACCUAACCCAUGCAAUCAUUCUGAUUCCAAACUUGAUGGAUAUUUACAAAUGUCACCAAUUUUUCCGAGGAUACCACCUGGAUCAGAUCAGCCAGAUGUUGCUAAAGAUCCAGCAUUGAAUCCCAAGGUCACAGCAUACACUCACAUCCAUCAAAAUGAAGAGCUCCCUCUUCCCCCAGCACUAACCCAUGAGCAUGUGCCGUCAUCCCCCAUUGACGACAGUGCUGUUUCUGGGUCCUCUCAAAUUGCUGAUCCUCACAAUGCUUCUCAAGAAGAUCAGUCCACUCAUGCCAUGCCUAAAUCUCAAGAUGGUCCAUCAGAGGGCAGUAGCAGUGAUGCAGAUACCCUAGUGCCAGGGGGAAGAUCCUUAAAGAACCAGGUAGCUGUUGACACGGUGCUUUCCCUUGUGGAUAAUCAGUCUGAAAUGAGUUCUGAUCGUGAUGGCUUUGACAAUGAAACCGACAACCAAAGUGAUAACACACCUUCACAUUCCCAUGUGUCUGAUUAUGUCCAAGCCGGUGCUGGUGCCCUUGGAUCAGUUGGUAACACACCUCCACAUUCCCAUGUGUCUGACUAUGUCCAAGCCGGUGCUGGUGCCCUUGGAUCAGUUGGUAACACACCUCAACAUUCCCUUGUGUCUGACUAUGUCCAAGCCGGUGCUGGUGCCCUUGAUUUAGUCGGUAACACACCUACUGUAACAGUCAAUCCUGAUGCUGGUAAUCAUGUGUCCCCCGUACAACCUUUGUCUGAUUAUAUAGUGGCUGGACACAGUACUCAUCCACGAACAGACGGUCAGAACUGAAAUCUAUCAGUGAAUAGAUGACUGAGAGAGAAUCAUGUUCAUAGAACAACAAAGAUUAAACUUGGUGAUUGUAAGUAAGAUUUGAAAUGGAUGAUUUUAGUAAUUAGUUUGCUUGGAUUAAAUCAGUCCAGGCAAAUUCCUAAGAUAAUUUUUUCUAAAGUAAAUCAGUCAAAUUAUAUUUUUUUAUAAUCACUCUGAAAUUUAUCAAGAUGGAAUUGUGCAUGAAGUGCACCAAAAGUAUAAAGCUAUAUUGGGACAUUUUACUCAGAAAACUGUUUGUAGACACAGCAUAGUAGUAUUUUAUUGUAAGAACAAGAUAUACUUUGAUGUUACAUGUGGUAUGUAUAUUGCGCAUUGACUUAAGAAAGUUAGUUCUUGAUUUAUGUAUAUAUAUGUGGUAUGUUGAUGUAGAUUUCAUAGUUUUUAUAAUAUAUAAUUCCAGAUUGUUUCAGGGAAGAUGAAUGUUCAGAAGCAAAACCACAGAGAAAUCAUUCUAACAGAAAUUUUGUUCCUCAUAAGAAUUUAUGUGGUUAGUUUUAUGUAUCACCAUUAUUGCCUUAUGUAAACUUACGUCAAAAAAUGAUGCAAGUAUAUGCAUCAUUAAAUAAAUAACUUAAUACUCAGUGCCUAUUGUAUAGCAAUAGCUUCUUAUAGCAACAGUGUGAUAUGAGUUAUUCCACAUGGAAUAGUUUUACACAGUAGGCCUGCAUGUUCUCCAACUUACACCUGUUGGCUAACAAUUGAACAAUGUAUCUCCAAGUCAUAUGUACAGCAUUUUACUGGACUGUUAAAAAUCCUGUGUUUUAUUUGCCAUUGCGCUGUGUUGCUCAGCCCUCUGUGGCUUAUAAUACUGUCAAUCCCGACUCCAUUACACAUCCAGUGAACAGAAGGAAACAUACAAAACGUUCAAUAAUAUUUUGUUAGUACUAUUGGAAGAAAACUGAAUUGCAUACAUGUAUCAGGAGUAAGAAUUCUUCGGAGGUUUGUCUGUAACGAUAUUUUGUCCAUGAAGUAGUUUAUUAAACCUCCCUACGACCUGCUGUGUCAGCCAGGGAUGGCCUCAGAUAGCCUUGGCUUCAUCUUUGAAAGUUGUCUCCAGCUCCUAAUUCAUUCUCGGAUCCUUUUCUUGAACGAUAUGGAAGGACUUCAGAUUUAGCCUUUUACCUCUAGAAUUUGAUAUCGUGUAGCAAAGAAUGCUCAGCCUAACUCUAUCUGUGUAGGACCUACAAUCACAAAGUCAAAAUAGGAGAUGAGACCGAUGUUUGGCAUAUAGCCAUCCUUGAUAGUUUUGAUGCAGUGACGUUUUAAUAUUCUUUUAUGUGCAGUGCAUCGGUUGCACUGAAGAGGAUCAUCAUAAACUGAUAUCUCGGAUUUUAGUACGAAUAUCUUUGUCAUUGGUCAUUUUAUGCUAGAUAUUACAUUUUAUAAAAUGUAUGGGAAUGUAGUACUAUUUCUUCUGAUUUCUUCUCACUUGAAUUGUAAAAGAGAACUUGUACAUAAUCUUUCCUUGUACUUGUAAUGCAGAGAUUAAUGUAAAUGUUGGUUUUUAAAAACAAAGAGACUUGUGAAUAAUCAUCGAUCAAAAUUUAAUUAUGUGACUAUUUUUAGUUUUGUGAGGAACAUAAUAUAAAGAGAAUUUGAGUGUAUUUAAUUAGUGGUUAGGAUAUGACAAUACUAGGUGGCAGACUUUAUUAAGUCUUCCUGGUGUCAUGGUCUUAGCUUCACACUGCCAUGGAACCAUCCUAGGAUUGAUCAGGUACCACAUCAAAAAAUGGUCAGUAUUUAUCUCCCAUAAGUCACUUUUGCUUAACAAAUUUGGUGUGGUACCAUUUCAAUCCAGAAUGCUUUGUUCCACAGCAAUAUCCAGCUAAGAUGGUGUCACUUCACAUUGCCUUGCCAAUUGCUAGAAGUAUGUCUGUCAUUUUCCAUAAAAGGAAUGGAAUACUGUGCUAUAUAUCAACUGGAAGGUCAAAUUUACUAAAAGGAUUAGUCUUGGUGUCCCAAGGAUUAACGAUGAAACAGUAGUAGCGUUUUAGUAUACAAUUAUAAGUGCAUGAUAAAGGCAAAAUGAAGAUUUUUGAAAUUUUCUUGAGAAAAUUAAGUUCAAAAUGGAUCAGCCCUGCCAUUUUAAUUAAAAUCAGCGAAAAAUAA